AUGCGUCCACGAAACAAACAGCCACAGUAUCCAAGAGGAAAAGGGCGCCGUCUAGAGGCGGUUCCCCCUCCUCCUCAGAGCUCCCCUCAGAUCUUGGCCCCAUGGCGGCUGUGGGAUAGUGUGGCGAUCAAGAUCACCAACCUUCCUUUGGAAACCAAUGCCCAGAUUAUCUGGACUGCCUUCAAAGAUGAAGGUAAUAUCUUCUCGAUUGAUCUGUUUGAGGAUCACCAUGGCCAUAGGACACCAAAGGGGAAGAUCCGCUUCAAGCCGCCGCCCCAUACCGACUUCUGGCGAAACGGCACCUAUACCAUCAUGUUGCCGGACGGACGAGCAGCACACAUAUUCAUAGCUCUUGAAGCACCUAGAACCUCGGACCUUGAGAUUCCAAGCCCAGUCCGUCCCACGGUCCGGUAUCCAGCCGAGCUCACGAUACCAAUCUCUUCAAUCGACAUUGGAGUUAUGUUCAAUGAGACAACCUUUCUGCCAAUGUGGACCGUUGGUUUGACUGGAGCCCCCUACGUACUGCUUAAUCUCAAGCAGAGGGCACUAUAUGUCUUCUUUAGGCUACAGAUCUUCAGCUCAAAGCGGAAAUCAGUCUCCGUCGCAGACACCUGGCACGAUUAUCGUCUCAAGAUUCCCUUUCGGCUGAUGAACAAGGUCUUUCAGUCUCGUGAUGUUAGAACUGGAACGAUAUCUCAAUCGACCGUGUUGGACUAUCCUCCCAUGUACCAUCGUCGGAUCAGGGAUAUAGAGGCCACAUUCAUUGAAGAAGGGAGCUGGAGGGAUUCGGACUGUUGGUACCGACAAACGCACAUUGUCCACAAUCCCCUCCAGUCAUCCACUCUUCCAGUCACCCUACCAAGGCAUAAACCCAUCAUUGACAUCGGCCGCUGGAAUGUAUUCAGGUUCAAUUACGCGAGUGAUUGUAAUAAGAAGGGGAAAUUUGGUCAGCUUUGUAAUAUCCUCCAAGACUUCAACGUUUCCAUUGAGGAAACCGAUCGCUUCACCGAAUGGGACGUUGGCAAAGAAAGGAUGCCGCCAGUAUGGAAAUGGAUCGAUCUAUCGGAGAUUUCAACGUCGCCCAAUUCGUCGUCUUUGCAUGACCUGAUUGACUCUACUUAUGUCCCUCUGCCAUUUUCAGUCCGCUAUCAGCUGGAAGUCUGCAUCUCCAAUGGAUUUCUCUCUGAAUACAACAUGACGCGUGAGUUCGCUGUUAAACUGGCUGACCUUGGGGAAGCGAAAGCUAGAAAGCUUCUGGAGCAUGUGGCGAACCAGAAGCAGCGGUACUUUGAUCCCAUGAGGAUCUUUGAUCUGUUGUUUGUGAAGGGUGUGACCAAUGCAAGGAUCCCUCCAUACUGUUGCUAUAUGCGAUCCGCUACGAUCACCCCCAGUACCGUUUACUAUAACUUGCCAUCCGUGGAUAUCUCGAAUCGGAUCAUUAGACGCUAUAUGGAGCAUGCGGAUCGCUUCCUCCGAGUUCGGUUCACCGAUGAGAAGUUGUUUGGUCGCAUCAAUGCCACAAGCGACGAUUGUAAUGAUGAGAUAUUCACUCGAAUCAAGCGAGCCUUGGCAAAUGGCAUUGUCAUUGGAGACAGGCGUUAUGAAUUCCUCGCCUUUGGAAACUCCCAAUUCCGUGAGCAUGGAGCAUAUUUCUUCGCGCCGCUACCUGACCUUACAGCUGCCAACAUGCGAGCUUGGAUGGGGCAUUUCAAUAAUAUCCGGAAUGUUGCCAAGUACGCAGCACGCCUGGGCCAAUGUUUUUCAACGACUAGAGCCAUAGCUGGCUGUCCGGUGCAAAUACGCAAGAUUGAGGAUGUGGAGCGAAAUGGCUAUACUUUCUCUGACGGCGUUGGGAAGAUCUCGCGAUUCCUUGCGCAAAUGGCAAUGAACGAACUCAAAAUCAAGACGCCAACGGGCGAUCCCCCAUCUGCUUUUCAAUUUCGUCUGGGAGGCUGCAAGGGCAUGCUUGCUGUUUCAAGCGAUGCCCAGCCCCAGGAAAUACACAUCCGCAAAAGUCAACAUAAGUUUUCGGCCAUGCAUAACGGGCUGGAGAUUAUCAGGUGGUCUCAAUUCUCAAUGGCUACAUUAAACCGGCAGCUGAUCCUUGUGUUGUCUACCCUCGGAAUCACUGAUGAUGUGUUUCAUUACAAGCUCGGGACUAUGCUACGGGCCCUCAAUGAAGCCAUGGAGAGCGACUCUCGCGCAAUUGAAGUGCUGAAGAAGUACGUCGAUCCCAAUCAGACAACUCUCACAGUCAGUCGAAUGGUUUCCGAUGGGUUUCGAAGGUCUAAAGAGCCAUUCAUAACAUCUAUCUUAGCACUGUGGCGGGCCUGGCAUUUGAAGUAUUUGAAAGAGAAGGCAAAGAUUGUCAUUGAUGAAGGUGCAAACCUACUGGGGAUUAUGGACGAGACUGGCAUCCUCAAAGGUCAUUUUAAUGACCAGGUCCCGAAGAAAGACGCUCCCCAUGAGCAGCAACUUGCGGCAUUGCCUGAGAUCUUUUUGCAGAUUUCUUGCCCAGAAGGCUCUGAUAUAAAGUAUCGAGUCAUUGAAGGAACCUGCAUCUUGGCACGCAAUCCUUCGCUGCACCCCGGUGACAUUCGUGUCGUUAAAGCUGUCAACGUACCAGAGUUGCGCAACCUUCAUGAUGUGGUCGUCCUGCCACAGACCGGGGAUCGAGAUAUUGCGAGCAUGUGCUCCGGCGGAGACCUUGAUGGGGACGAUUACCUGGUCAUCUGGGACCAGGAUCUACUGCACAAAGACUGGUUUCGAGCACCGAUGCGCUAUACAAGCAACAAGGCCCGAGACCUAGACCAUGACGUUACAGUGGAUGAGAUCACCUCUUUCUUCGUCACAUAUAUGAAGAAUGACAGCCUCCCAACAAUCGCUCACGCCCACGUUGCCUGGGCAGAUUGGCUUGAGGAUGGUGUCAACGAGGAGAAAUGCAUUCGCCUCGCCCAGCUCCAUUCUGACGCCGUCGACUACAACAAGACAGGGAGCCCAGCUAUGAUGACCCGCAGCCUGCAGCCACGCAUGUGGCCUCAUUUCAUGGAAAAGCCCAAGCCACAAGACAAGAUCUACCGCUCGCACAAGAUUCUCGGUCAAUUAUAUGAUGCCGUGGAGAGAGUCGACUUUGUCCCCAGCUUGGAGAUGCCUUUUGACGAGCGAAUCCUCAGCAGUAGGCUCAAAGUCAGCGAAGAUCUGUACACGUUCGCCAAGAACCUCAAGGUGGAGUACGAUGCAGCCAUGCGCCGAAUCAUGGCACAAUACGAGAUCAAGACCGAGUUCGAAGUUUGGUCUACAUUUGUCCUCGGCCAUUCACACAUGAGCAAGGACUAUAAGUUUCACGAAGAAAUUGGUACAAUCUCAGCGGCGCAUCGCGAAGCCUUCAAAAAACAGUGUUACGAGAAAGUAGAGGGUCGUACCUUCACACUGCUAGCACCUCUAGCUCUCGCUAUGUACAGUGUUACGCAUGAGGAGAUGACUGCGGCACUCAAAAAGCAUCGUGAGCAAUCCCCGCCGGACGGGAAUAGUAGGCCCACUCCCAAAAUGAAUCAGCUGCCACUCAUCAGCUUUCCUUGGAUCUUCCCCAAUAUACUGGGCGGAGUUGCACUAGGUCAUUACGAUGCCCCUGAACUAGUCAGUCCGAACCAGGGGCAGGCUGCAUCGGUUGAUGAAGAUGCCCUGCGGGCUCAGGGUGAUAGCAAUAUCAUACCGGAGGACCCUUUCGGUUUAUUCACGGACGAGGAGCGCGCAGCCAGCGCAUUAUGCAACCAGCCAUCGUUACAUGCUUCUUCUAGCCAUAUCAGUCCAGAAAAUAUUGGAAUUCUCGACCAACUCCUCGACUUUGGCUUUUCAGAUUCCCCGCAGAUAUCGCCGUCUUCUCUCGCCGCCCCUUCCAUCACCUCUGGUGAAGGACAGCUCGCCUUGCUAGACUUCAAUGGCGACAGAGCCAGUGAAAUCCUCGAGAAUCAGGUACAACAUGCCUCAGGACCGAAAGCAGCGCGUGACACGGUGAGCAACGAAGACGAAUGCGUUGAUGUUGAGGAGGUAGGUGAUGUGGAGCCUACUGCCCUCGAUCGACUGAAUGAGAUUCUCGGACUAUGA